CUGGCAUACAGCGAUACAGCGGAGGAGCAGGAGGCGGGGUGUUAUCAUCAUUGAAGCAUGCCUCAACGCUGUUCGACGUAGAGCAAAGUGCAAGGGUGAAUGCAGCGUAGGCCAUCAUGUCAUGCAAAGUUUACGUCGGAAACCUGGGUGAAAAUGGCGACCGUGACGCAUUGGAGCAAGAAUUUAGCAAGUUUGGCACUGUUGAGAAUGUUUGGGUAGCACAAAACCCACCAGGUUUUGCCUUUGUGUUCUUUAAUGAUCAUCAAGAUGCCGAGAAAGCAGCUCGUUCGAUGGACAAUAAACGUGUUUGUGGGGUUAAGAUCAAAGCAGAGCUGUCGCAUCAUUCAGACGAUAAAAAACCACCUGGUAUGGGCGAUAGAGGAAAAAGGGGUCGCGGUAUGGCUAGAGGAAGAGCAAGGGGAAUAUCACGUGAUGAUAAUGAAAGAAGACCUGGUCCUGGGCCAGAUUUUCCUCGACAGUCAAGGUUACCUGGGCCUCGACCUCAUGAUGCGCUGUUUCGGGGCCCUCCUGGUAGGGGAGAUAACUCUAAUCGAUCCCAUGAGCCAUUUGAUCGGAGACGCCCUCCCCCACGUAGGUCACCACCGCCAAGAUUAUCUGAAAGGGAAUCUUCACCCAGAGUUUCUCGUAGACCUUUCCAAGAAGGGCCGCCUCAACAGCGCUCACCACCUAGAAUGGGCCGUAUGAGGCAACAUUCCCCUGGAGAGUUAGGCUUUGAACCACCAAGAUCAAGAAUGUCACCUCGUAGAGAGGGACCAGGUAGAAUAGCACCUGGAAAUGUACCUCCUCGGAGACAGCCUGCGUACGAUUCGCCUCCAAGGGGUCUGUUUUCUAACCGCCAAAGCCAACCUUUGCAGCCGGAAAGAUUGUCCCUGAAACGUCCUUUAACAGACAGAUCGUUGCCUAGAGAUUUGCUGUUUAAAAGGUCUUCUCCUCGAAGAAAUCACUCGUUUGAAUCCCCUGGUGAGAUUCCAUCAUUUCGUGGGCCGCCAGAGUAUGGUCAGCCAGGUAGGGACCUACCUCCCCGAAGAAGUUUUGAUGGGCCACCAAGGGGUCCUCUUAGAGGGUCAUCACCUGGCGCAGGCCGCAGUCGCUUCUCUCGUAGAUCUCCACCUGGCAACCCCCCUCCAGGCAUAAUGUCCGAAAGAAGUGGUGGAGGGAGGGAAUCUUUUUAUCAAGAUCGUAGAUUCGAGUCAAGGGAAAGAAACCCUCCCCUAGGACCCCCAGGAAACAGAUCAGCUGUAGGAAGGCGUGCAGAUGCAUACAGUGGAAACGGCUUCUCAGAGCACCAGGGCAUAGGACCUGCUGGUAGACGCCAGCAGGACUUCGCCACUAGUCGGCCAGAUGAGGAUUAUGAGUUUAGUCGUAUCCCAAAGAGAGGCAGUGAUGGCCGUUUCAAUGAUCGCCCCCAAGGAGAACGUCUCCCAAAACGCAUACCACCAUCAUUGAUGGGUGACAGGAUGUCUGACAGGCCACCACCACCCCGUAGAGGGGACAGACCACCCCCUGGCAGAGGCUUUCAAAGAAGCAGAUCACCUCUCCGUUGAAUUGCCGUGAUGGCACCUGCAAUUCUGCUGCGAAUUCCAGUUGAUAUUUUUAAUGCACAAGAACAUCCUGUGUUGCGCUGAUGGCUUUCUGUUCAUGCUGGUGGACAUAUUAUGAUUUCGAGUUGGAAUUUUUGUUUUGUUUUAACUAACACGUUCGUGUUAAAUAUUUUUACAUUAAUUUCACUGCUAGCUUUUGAAAAAAGAAAUUAACCUCAAGCGACGAGCUUCCUUGUUAAAACGGGUGAUUUUGUACACAUGAAGCUCCCUUGCCAAAUAUAUUUAACUCAUAGUGGUGUUGGCAGAUUGGGCUGCGUAGCUGCAGACGCGUAGAAAAGUUCGGCCCAAAUGCCAAAAUGAUCAGUCGAUCACCAGAGUGGCAUCAGUCUUGACAGUGCAAUCUAGAUGGUUUGAUUAAUUUCCUAUUUAAGUUUUUCCUUCAACCUGUAUAGAAAUUUGCUAUCAAGAAACAAGGAACCAGUUAGCUGUAAAUCCGUAAGUUUUACUUUAUUCCGCGGUUGAUAUUUUAAUGCAGAAAUGUUACCAUCACAAUGUAAUAUUUAUGAUAAUAACCCCAUAGAAAAUAUUAAUGAUAAUAACCCGUUCCUACCAUCGUACCAUUCGGCCUUCUUUGCUUCAUAAAAUCUGUUGUUUUAAAUUAAACAUCGUAUUUUCAAUUGUAAAGUAAGCUUUUUCAAAACUAUGCAUUUUAUGGAA